AUUAUAAUCCUACAGACCGAAAGACAAUUGCUAUGCGUUGUUAGCGCACUGUUUUCCUGUGCGUCUACGGUAACUCUCCAUAUUUUAUCUGAGGUCCGUUCGGCAGAAAAAAUAGAAAAAGUGAUAGUAGUAAUAAUAAUUCUGCUUCCGGAUCGACAUCUCGUCGGAGUCGCCACUGCAGCUGCUACUACAUCAAGUAGCAGUACUAUUACUCCUGAUUCUGCUCCAUUUUUAGCCUUUUUUUUUUUUUUUUCUAUUAUCUCUUUCACAUUUUAUCUUAGUGCGAAGUUGAAAAUGGCGUGGGAGUUGUUGUUCUGGUUUCUCUGUUUAUGCACCAACUUUGGCCUUCUCGCUAUGCUCUUUUAUGAGCUUUUGUGCUUAACAGACUUGGAGGCUGACCAGUUGAAUCCCUUCGAAGCAACAGCUUGCAUCAACAAGUGGAUUCUGCCUGAAUUCAUUUUGCAAGGGGUAAUCUGCGUUCUAUUGCUGUUGACUGGUCACUGGGUCAUAUUUCUUAUGGAAGCUCCUCUUACUUGCUAUCAUGUGCUGCUGUUUAUGAAACGAGAGCAUCUUAUUGACAUCACUGAAGUUUUCAGAAAUCUUAAUUCUGAGAAGAAGUAUAGGUUCAUAAAGCUCGGUAUCUACUUGUUUUUCUUCGCCUUGUUCAUGUUCAGAAUUAUUGCAGGCAGCUUAUCAAUUUACAGCUCUGGAGCAUUAGACUAUCGUUCAUCUUAUCUUGUAUUCUAAAUAGUUAAUGCUAAUCUCCCCUUGAUUUGAAAUAGAUAAGCGUUAGAUCCUGUGAAAAUUUUAAAAAUUUAUGCCUUUUUUUUUUUUUUUCCAGAUUCGUCCAAGAAAAAAAAAUUUGCUCAUUUAAAGUGCUUGAGCAGUCUUUUUAUUUCCAAUGAUCUCUGCAUGUAGGUUUGUAUAGGUUGCUAGUAGCAUUCUGAUCAUUUUAUUAAAUUUGAUCAUUAUUUCUCUUGUACAUGUAUAAUGACUCAGGCUUAGCUACAUGAUCAUUGUCUUUGGUUGGAUUUUAACUUUAAAAAAGGUAAAAUCUACUGAAAUCUACAUAUGAAUUUUGUAAUGGGCACUGCUAACAUGGCAGAAAAAGGAGCUAAUGGUUAGUCCAAUAGCAUCUAUCAGUUUGUCUUCUGUUGCAGAUAUUGGCCUAAGGUUAGACCUAUAUAAUGAAAGAAAGAAUUUGCGCAUCAUACAGAAGACAAGCUCCACCCUUCAUUCAAAAAGAACAGUAACCCUUAGUAAUUUUAGGCUAUCUUCUUUUAUCUGAUUCUCGAAUAAAUCCUUCCUGUUUUCCCUAACGUCAUGAAAAAGAUAAAGAUUACAUAGGAAUUAUUGAAGAAAAUUCUGCGAGGGAAUGUAUCAAAGAUAAAGCUCUGGGAUGAGUAUUGUUUUGAAGAGAGUAUGAGUUGUGGGUUCUAUUUUUAAUCAACCAUGAUUAAUGAUGAUGGUGUUCCCUAUAGAUCUAGCAAGCCCUGGACAUUUUAAGUGUCAGGGAGAUUUUGGAGUCUUUUAGAAUCUCUAAGAAUGACAUGAGCAUUCAAAUACUUGUAGUCCAAGAAUCAUUUUGCUUGUGGAUAGUUGUUUAUUUUUCAUGUGCUGGUUGGAAGGAGGGGUUCCUGUUUCUUCCUCUUUUUGUAUUGAUGAGAUCUCGGAGAGUGAUUCUGUACCUACCUGGUCCAGAGUCCAUAUUGAAAUUAUGCUGUUUUUCUAGGUUGCAUUUGAGGUUUGCAUAAGAAUGUAAUUUCUCAUUUUAGGUUUGAAAUUCUUAAUAGAAUAUAUAUUUGUCUAUGUAUAAUAUAAAGCAAGAUUUUGUUUUUUUUUGUGGGUAGAAAAAAAGGGGUGUUUAUUAUUUUGUUUCCUCUUAUUUAAAGAUGGUAUUGAUCUGCCUCCUGGAGAAGGACCUCACCUGCCAUCUGUUCUCUCUCUCCAGCUCCUGAUAAUAAUAUCCUAAC